AUGGCAGCGACAUUGAAGGUCAUUGUUGCAGGUUUUGCAACUUUUGUUGAAGAAUUUCUCGAGGAGGAAUCUGUACAAGAAGAAGAAGAUGUCUUAGAAGAGUUUCUGCCCCUGUUUUAUGCAAAUAACUUGUUGUCAGAGUGGCAUAAAGUGGUUCGCAUCGAAGGUUAUGCGGAAACUGUUGUUCCCAAUUAUAAUUUGUCAGAGUUUCGCAGCCAUUUUCGUAUUUCGGCGGACACAUUUGAACAGCUUGUUGUAGAACUUGGAAACUGUCCAGAGCUUCCUACUGGCACGCAGCACGGAGGUAGAGAGCCGAUAAGUGUUGAGAAACACUUGUUGAUUACAUUGUGGUUUCUUGGAAAUCAAGAAUCAAUAAGAUCAAUAUCAGACAGAUUCAAUGUAACGAAGAGCUCAGUUUUUACAUGUGUCAACAGAGUUUGCAAAACGCUGAAAAAUAACAUCACUGGCCAGGUUAUUGUGUGGCCAAACCAGGCAAGAGCUCAGGUGAUCAUGGAAGGUUUUUGUAAGCACAAAGGACUGCCCAGCGUAAGAGGUGCUAUUGAUGGAUCGCAUAUUCCUGUAAAAGCACCACAGGAGUGUCCCAAGAAUUACAUAAACAGAAAAAAUUUUCACUCAGUCAACUUGACUGCCAUCUGCGAUGAUGAAAUGCGCUUUCUCAACUGUUAUGCUGGUUGGCCCGAUGAUUCCUACCUCCUGGGGGAUUCUGCAUACACUUUGGAGACCUGGAUGAUAACACCCUUUAAAGAUCGUGGCAAUUUAACACCUCAGCAGCCAAGAUUCAAUUUCAUCCAUUCAUCUACAAGAAUGGUUAUUGAAAGGGCCUUUUCCUUGCUAAAGGGAAGAUUUCGCAGACUGAAAUACCUGGACAUGUUACGAAUCCAGGAUAUUCCAACAGUAAUAAUCGCUGCAUGCACCUUACAUAAUGUAUGCCUUGACAGCGGUGAUCAAUGGGAAGACUUUAUGGGUGACAUAGAAGAGGAAGUUAAUGGUUUUGAAAAUAUCUUGACUCCAGGUUGUCAUGCAGUUGCCAAGCUUAAUGAGCUCAUGCAGAAUCACUGUUAA